CGGUCACAGUUUGUAAUUUGACAAAAUUUGGACCACUGCGUCCGCUCUAGCGCUUGCCUAUACUAUUUUAAAUUUACAUGUUGUUACAAGUCCCCCGUGAAUUGAGCAUGCAUGUUUGAUACGAAGACGAAGGGUCUAGAGCGACUUUUAUACUGAAAAUCUUUAUUAAUGACUAAUCUGAAAAACUGUAAACUCAAUAUUUUUAAACAUUUAUCUAUAAUCAAUGGUCAGUCAAUGUUUUUAUCUUGGACGUUAGAUUUUAACACGCCAGAUUAAAUACAAUAGGACAACUGCAGGGAUGAAGCUAUGCGCAAAUUGUAUUUGUUUUGACUGCAUUAGUGCGUAGCUAUAUAACAGCAACUAAUUAACCACAUAAAAUUCUCCGUAAGUAAAUCAUUUGUUUAAUUAAUUUUUACCGUUGCCAAGGAGGACAUGGAUUUACAACAACAUUAGUUGCAGUUAGAAAAUGAAAAAAGUUGUUUGUGGAGAAAAGGUGAGUUUUCUUUGGAUUAAUAUGUCUACUAAAUAGAUUUCACUGCACAUAAUUGUUUUUGGAAAUGAUUGAAAUUGAAAGAAAGUUGAAACAUAUUUAUCAAACAUGAGAUACGAAAUGAUUGGCUGCUAUUCUCCUUUUAUGUAUAGGUUAUCAGAUAGAUACAGGUAAUUUGAUAAACUUAUCGACAAACUGUCAAAUAAUAACAAUUGUACGUUUCACUUGAGUUUACAUGUCAAGUUGAUUAAGACAAAAUAUUAAGUGAAAAAAAAUGAAAAUAGGCGACGCAUCAAAUCAAGGUUAAAAAGGAAAACACAGACAGCUGAUACGUGACAUCAUGAACCUGGAAGAUGCACUCAGACAUUAGAACAAGAAUUCUCAUGACAACCAGAAGUGGACACAUUUCAGUGGAUUUUAUUUUGUAUGCCAAAUUAAUACUGCAAAACUGUGCGAAGACAGCAUAAAUAAAUGGAAUAUAUUUUGCCGAGGAGAAGGAUCUACUCUCUUAUCAUUUUUCAAACAAUAAUAUUUCUAGUAUUAUGCACCAACCGGUUAGCCGCUGAGCCAAUGUGGAUUUGGACUAAAGGCUGUUUUCGAGUGAAGGAAGAAGUCCAUUCCAAGGUUUUUAAUAUGUCGAACAAUUUACCACAUACGUGCUUUCAUACAUGUGGGCCGCAGUCUAUGGCCAUUGCUUUACAGAGGAACCUGUGUAGAUGUGAGCCCAAAUCUAAGCCUCGUUCUGCUUCCCCGCACUGUACACCCUGUGAACAUAACUCAAUGGUAACGUGUGGAAAUUCCGAAAUGGGAUAUUGGUCACUUUAUGAGAAAGCCAAGCAACAGAACCUUGCAGAACAUGGCAUACCAAUGAAUGCUACUGGUUGUGUUGUUAACAAUCAAAGGCGCUAUCGUGUUGAAAACUGCAGUAACACCGGGUUUGGAAGUCUCUGUACAAAUGCGCUUAACGGAAAAACACAUUGCAACAGAGGUGCAGGGGAAUGGUCUCUUUCUUGCAGAAAGUUUAACGCUUUCGAUAAUCUAGUGACCAGUUUUAUUGGUCGUGUGCAAGGUUGCCGAGAAGAGUAUUGGAUUGGUUUGUUUUCUAUAGACGAACCAUUAUCACAUUCUAUGUUAUCCGAUUAUCCACAAUUGCCGUUGACUCCAAGAUCUUCCUUUCAAGCGGAAUCGAGUGAGUUCUUAGCUUUAGUUACAGAUCGAGUGCCAGACGAGUCUGCCGAAGUCAUGAUUUCUUCGACUUACGAUACUUAUGUUCAUACAGAGCCAAUGUCAACACAUAUGACAUUAGUCACUGAAAGCAGGGAGACACAUUUAAGUAAAUUACAAAGCAUUUUGCCGACAAAGCAAAGAUACUAUUACACAUCAUCAGAAACUUCAAAAUAUUUAUACAGUUCUUUCUCGGGUACAUCACCUCCGCAUGUGGACCCGUCAGUCACUUUUAUUACAGAAACCUUAUCAAGCUUGCCGGUUCUAUCACAGUCUGAAUUACAUUCCUCAGUUACUCAUUCUGUGUCAGAUGAAAUACUAUCUACUGCUGUAAGCACAUAUAUUUCACCAACAAAUGCAAUGUUAGAAAUAUCCAGCAUCAAGUAUAGUUUUACAAGUACUUCAAUGACAUUUAUAGUACCACCAAGAACCAACACAUAUCGAGCGGCUUCAGAAUCAUCGUUUCAUAUAUCUGUGUUAUCAUCGCAACGAACAGAAAUGGAUGGAAUUUCAACAGCAGCGGUACUUGCCUCGUCGACAGUAACGCUAGUACAUCAAAAGAUAUCGCCAACGCCAUCGUUUAUUACACAGAACUACAGGUCUGAGAUAGAUCUGGUGGUCGCCGUAUCUGUGGUUGGUGCCAUAGCAGCAUUUUCACUAGCUGCUACUGGAGUUAUGUUUGUGUACAUGAAAAGAUCACUGAGGAACAUGAAGAAAAUUGUAAACAGAACGACCACAUUCACUGACGAUCCUCCACACCUGGGCAGAGAUAGUUCUCUGGAAGGCUUUGAUGAGAAUCUACAAAGAAACAACACCUACAGUGAUUUAAGGGAGACAAGUUUUUGUCCUAGAACAAGAAGGUCCGAUUUUCGUAGUCACGCUUACAGGCCACCGUUUUUGUUCAAUAACAGUCGAGCCAUGGAAAAUGAAUAUGUACUUUACUAACUUAAAGAUAGAAUAAUUGUUUUUCUGCAUUAGUCAAAACAAUACCCAAACUACCGCGAGGCAAUUUAUAUUCUUAAUAUACCAGAAGAGUUAGUAAACCUGAAAAUAGAGGUACAUAUUAAUAUACCUUAGACAUAAGACUCUAAAAUCAAUAUGUAUACUUUCGAAUUAUUACAAUCUGUUAUCACAUAUCUUUAAAUAUCAAAGGACUGUCACUUCAUGGACAAAACCUUUUGUAUUGGCAGUACACAUUUUAUCAUUUAAUUUCCUUCAAACAAAAGGUCAUGUUUAUUCUCUAUGUAAAAACUUCAUUUUUUUCCCCUCAACUCAUCAUGGAUUCAGGCAUUUCUGAAGCAUAAAUGGACACUUCUUUAUUGAGAGUACGUCACCGUGACGGAUGUGUCUUAUACAUUGUAUUGUCAUUAGGGUUAUGUAUGUCUUUUACAAAGAGUAAUAUGCAUACAAUUGUUAUAUCAGCCUUCCCGUAUAUAAGAAUGAAAAUUUGUAAAGACAUAAAACCUUAUUUAGACACGACUUUAUAAGUAUGAUAAAUCGUUAAUAGCUGGAUUCGUGAAUAUUUUGUCAUGACCAAUUUUGUCAUGGUCAUGACAAAAAGAACAUGUGUAUCAAUUGACACUGGUUCUGAAAAUGCCAAAAUACCAGUAGUUUUCACUUUAUAACAAAUGCAGUUUUUAUUAUGAUAGUAUUUUAAUCGUCGGUGACAAACCUAGAUUUUCUGCACCAAACAGGGUAGGGGUAGUUGUAUAUAAAUUUGAUAGCAGAAAACAUACUAACAUCGAUGAAGAAUCAUUGUGCAUGGCUGAUUCACCGACUCCAGCUUUGAGUUCGACAGACAAAGGAAUCGUUUAAUUGACGAGACCAUGUUGCUUCAAAAGCACAGAGAUUAAUAAGAUUAAUCUAUUUAUUUAAGCGUUGUUGUUUUGAACAUGAAAAAUAAAAAAAAGUAUUA